AUGAAGUACACCAAGGAUGGUGGUCUGCCCACUGAAUCUGAAGACCGUCAGAGCUAUAUGCUGGGAGGAAUAGAGUACAUGUACCAAGAUGAUACAUUUACCUCGGAGGCUACCAGUGUUUUACACCUAGUACAUGGCUGGCCAGACCAAGCACAUAAUGUGACCAAGGCAUACUUCAACGCCACAGCGACAUUGGCCUUGUGGUUGGGUGCAAUGUUUCACAAGUCUUUUCCAGACUUUUACUGGAAGUACAAGAAGGAUGGCCUAGAUGAAGAACCUGCUGUUAUCUUCUCAAUGGAGUGUUUCGAGGGUGGUGAAUGUUACCUCCCCAAUUUGAAGCUGAAACUAGUGUACCACCCGGGGGAAGUUAUUAUUUUAAUGGCAGGUGCAUUAUACCACAGUAUAGGAGAGCGGAUGCCUGGUCUGGAGUGUCAGAGGAUGGGCUGA